AUGCAAAUCGACCAUCUGAGGAUGACUAGCUUCCUGCAGAACCUGGGCUGCAAUACAUUGCCGGUUUUGGCUCUGGAGAAAACGAUGGGACUCCAAAUCCUGGAGCAGCUAGCCUGCGCUAGGCGAUUCGUGGGCUACAUGAUGGCCUUCGGCAUCAGCUUUGAGCAGGGCAGGAACUCCGUCACCAGCACCCUCCGCAAGAGCCAUGCCUUCCUUGGCCAGCAGACGGUCCAGCUGUAUGCCCAGCUGCUCCUGUCAGCCUACGAGGUGGCAACGCCCCAGGGCACAGCGCCGGGCCCUGGCGAGCUCAACCUGGCUGUGCUCGAGGCAGAGAGUCAAGUGCUAGCAAGAGUCGUCAAGAGCAAGUAG